CAUCAUCAGAGCAGUGCUAAGCACCUUACCUUGAGCGACCACACGCUGACGAGGCCUUUCCCGUCUCCUUACGACUCCUCGACGAACCUUACCACGACCUUCUUGUAUCUUUCUUUCUCUAGGUUCCCCUUCCAUUCCCCUCCGAGGUACCAAGUUGCUAUCCACUUACCCACCCACCCCGCAAAAAUGGAUCAAUGGACAGUGGCCGUUCUCGGAGAUGGUGGAGUUGGCAAGACUGCGCUAGCCGUUCAGUUCACCCUCAGUUGCUUUGUUGGUAAGCCUUACUCCGCUUACACGGCUCCACUCAGCCCUCUGACGUACCCUCCACAGAGGUAUGGCUCUCAAUGCGGCCAUAAUCGGGCUAUCAGACUGCUCACCCGCCUCCUCCAGACUUAUGAUCCCACGAUAGAGGACGCCUACAGAAAGCAAUUUAUAGUCGACAAUCGUAUGUGUUUUGUGGAGGUUAUUGACACUGCCGGCCAGGAGGAGUAUGCAACUCUUCGAGAUCAAUGGGUGCGAGAAGGCCAAGGCUUUAUUCUUGUCUACUCAAUCGCAUCGCGGCAAACAUUCGAUCGACUCGAAAUCUUCCGCCAGUCCGUCCGACGAGCGAAGCGGGGAGACCCGAUUCUGAUGCUGGUUGGCAACAAGUGUGACAAGACAUAUGAGAGAGAAGUAUCCAAAGAGGAAGGCGCGGCGCUGGCAAGACAAUUCGGAUGUGAGUUUAUCGAGACAUCCGCCAAAACGGCCCAAAACGUCGAACGGGUAUUCACAAGUCUCGUUCGAGCAUUACGACAAACAAGAAACGUAGAACCCGGGCCAAUGCCAAACGCUGGCGGCAGACGCGAGAAAGAGAAACGGAAGUGCGUCAUCUUGUAG